AUGCGCAGAAAUAUCCGUGCAAUACACGCCCGUUAUGACGAUGAUGAAGACGACGAAGAUGAUGAUUAUUAUUCCAAAACUCAGCAGUCGGAAGCGAAUUUACAUGCCUAUUAUUCUCGUUCUGAAGUUCCUGACCAAUUCAAUUCUUCUGAACAGGAUGAUUCUUCUGACUCUAGCUUUUCAUCUUUAAGAAAUUUAUCACAAGUUGGGCAGAGGUCUCCUUUCCAAGGAAAACAAAGUCGUCCCAAAUCUACUUUCUCCGUUGCCAUUCAUCCAUCCUCCCAAGCAGCUAGAUUUCAGAAGCAUCAGCAUCUGAAAGGCAUUAAGACUCCUUCAAAAUCGAUUCCUAUUAUUCCUUUACAAGCUCAUCCCGAAACAAAACCAAUCUCCCCGCCAUACGAAGACGAUUUGCUACCUGAUCACUUGCCCUUUCAAAGAGCCGAACAGGAUUCCCAGGAGGAUGACCAAGAUGAACUUGAUAUCAUUUCGCCUUCCAAAGUCGAUAAAGCGUCUCAUACUCUUUCACCUCCAAAGUCUGCUACUGAUGAGGAUGAUAUCGACUUCCAUGAUCCCAUCGACAGUCCCCAUUCUGACAAUGACCAGGACGAGCUUAUAAACACAGAGCAAUCUCAGUUCUUAAAAUCCGAUUCUUCUAAUGAUUAUAUACAAUCUUCACCUCCUAUUAAACGCGGUCGAGGUAGACCUCCUAAAAAGAGACGUCUCAGUCAGCCUUUACGUAGAAGCUCUCGCGUGCAAACCCGCAGCAGCGUCGAAUCUUCAAAUAAGUCUCCUCUAAAUGUUCGUAAUAAACUUCGAAACCGAUCUGCUCGUCCAACCCACGAGAUGGUAGAUUUUUCUGAAGAAACAGUCUUCACUCCACCUACCAAAACGUCUUACCCUCCUUCUCAUCUAACUUCUCUUAAUGCUUUUGCUAGCCUUCCUCUGGGUGUCGGUAACGAUGAAAGUUUUAAUGAUUCCACACAUUCAGACUCGGAAUUUUCUUUCGACGUCAACGUUACACCAAAGAAAACCAUUAGUUCAAUGACUCCUUCACGAAAUGAUGAGAAUGUGUCCUCUUCAAUAUCUCAUUCGUUUGGGCAAGUGGAUCGGAGGACUAUUAAGAAAGAUGAUCCUUUUGCAACUGAAGAAGCUUUAAGCUUUGAUAAUAUUGGUGGUCUUGAGGAUGUAAUUCUUCAACUUAAGGAAAUGGUUCUACUUCCACUUUUGUAUCCUGAGAUAUUUUUACACUUUCGUAUGACCCCACCAAGAGGUGUCUUAUUUCAUGGUCCUCCUGGAACGGGCAAAACAUUAAUGGCUAGAGCAUUGGCAGCAAAUUGCUCUGUCGGAAACCAGAAAGUCAGUUUUUUCCUUAGAAAAGGUUCUGAUUGUUUGAGCAAAUGGGUCGGCGAGGCGGAACGUCAAUUGCGUUUGUUAUUUGAAGAAGCAAAGAAAGCACAGCCCAGUAUUAUUUUCUUUGACGAAAUUGAUGGUCUAGCUCCAACACGUACUUCUCGCCAAGAUCAGACUCAUAGCUCGAUCGUAUCUACUUUGCUCGCUUUAAUGGAUGGUUUGGAUAGUCGCGGCCAAGUCGUAGUCAUUGGGGCCACCAACAGACCCAACGAUAUUGAUUCAGCUUUAAGGAGGCCCGGCAGGUUUGAUCGCGAAUUCUAUUUCUCUUUGCCAAACCAUGAAGCACGUAUGAAAAUACUUCAACUACAUACGAAGCAUUGUUCUCCUUACCUGUCUGAAAAGUAUCUGUCGGAUCUGGCGACGGCCACCUCUGGUUACGGUGGUGCCGACUUGAAAGCUUUGUGUACUGAGGCAGCAUUACAAGCCGUACGCAGGUGUUACCCUCAAAUAUAUCAUUCUUCUGAAAAAUAUUUAAUAUCGCCGAACAAAAUUGAGGUCAAUGCUCUCGAUUUCGAACGCGCAUUGGAAAAGCUGAAUGUUUCUACGCAGAGAGGGAGCGUAAUUCCAAAAUCAUCUAUUUCCGAUUCUCAUAAAUUGCUUCUUAAAGAAACUUUUGAUCUACUUUCGAUGAAAAUAUCGCACUUACUUAGAUUAGACACUCUUCCUUCUAAGUCGUCGUCUUUUCAAAAUAUAUCGUUGUCGGAAAUCAAAAAACAAAAAGAAAUUUAUUCUUUAAAAAAAACUAUGGUUUUUCGUCCUCGUUUAAUAAUUACCGGUCAUCAAGGUUACGGUCAGUCGUAUUUGAAUACCGACUUAUUUGGUUCUUUGGACGGGAUAUACGUGCAGUCUCUUGAUAUUUCAAAGUUAUUAAUGGAUUCAGAAGUUUCCCUUAAUUCUUCCCUUAUAAAUAUAUUCGCUUCUGCUAGACAACAAUCUCCCAGCAUUAUCUUCGUCAACAAUGUUGAGCAAUGGCCCGUUUUGUUUUCACAAAACUUUUUGGAUAUUUUCAGCUUGCUGUUAAACUCUUUGAUUCCUACGGAACCCGUAAUGCUGAUAGGCGUAGCCAAUACAACAUAUAAUGAUUUACCGGAAGUCGUUCGUUCUUGGUUUCCCAGUAAUUCAUCCGAACACUUCAAAUUAUCAUUACCAUCAUAUGCUUCCAGAAAUUCUUUCUUUUUAAACAUUUUAAACAAAAUUUUGGCGCUGCCCUUGACACACAAUGAGUAUACUAGCCCUUCUCACUGGGAACAGUUACCAAUUGCUCCUAUUUCUCAUGAUAUCUUUAAUAUUACUAAAAAUCGUGAAAAACAGGAACGGUUGAACAACAGAAAAAUAAAGAAUAAACUGAAAAUCAAGUUAUUAUCCAUCAUGGAUUUGCUUCGCUCUCGUUACAAGAAAUUUAAGAAGCCGAUUGUGGAUUUGGACGAGAUUUACCCAGGAGAUGAUGAGAUUGGGCCAUCUCUUGAAACUUCACCUGAAGAUUUUCCGUAUUAUAUAGAAGGUAAUAGGGUGAUACGACGUGAAGAUGGUGCCUCCUUCAGCAUGAUGAAUCUAGCAGAGGUUGAUCGACGUAUUUGGUCGGGCUUUUACUGUACACCUCAGCGAUUUCUUCGUGAUUUGAAAUCCAUUCUGGACGAUGUAAAUCACUUUGGUGAUCCAACAUUGAAACCAAAGGCCAAGGAGUUGUAUUUAAGCGCAGAACUUAAUUUGGAAGAGAUGAUUGAUCAAGUUUUCAUAUAUGAAUGCCAAGAGAUGGAAGAACGAGAAAUUACGCGUAAAAAGAAAAGAUCUUCCAAAGAAGGCCAAGAUGAAAACAGAGACAUGAAUCGAAGACUAAUGAAUAAUAAUGUUAAUGCGAAUGCGAAUGACACAACACCCGAAAACAAUAUACGAUAUUCUGGUGAACUAGAAAUCCCCAGCUCUUCUCCUGAAGAUGAAGACGGAAGUGAAGAAAAAGAAAUUUUGAAGCUACAAGUUGGGAAGGAAAAUAUUCCUGUUUCUCAAAACUUUUCUGGGCUGGGUUUUCCAAACAAGAAGAGUUUGACAUAUCUUCCGAAUAAUCCGGUCGAGUCUUCCAACUACAGAAAAGAAUCCGAAACCGUGGAGCGGUUAGCAGAAGAAUUUGCUAAUGCUACUUCUGGCUUAAAGAUGGAAUGGUUGGACUUAAUUUAUUCUAGAUUGUCGAAUGUCAUAUGGGACAAUCACGAAGGCGUAAACCGAAUACGUGUUUUAACAUUGGUGAAACAAACGUUUUCCUGUAUAUUAAAAGAGAUCCGCUCGUCGAAUUAA